UGGUCGUCUAACAUAGCACCUGUCUGUAAGUGUAAACAUAGCGUGUGGAUAUGUGAUAAAUAAUCAGCCCUCAAAUGAUUUAGGGUCCAUGCGUCACCAUGUGGUAACUGUAGUAGACCCUCAGUUCCUUAAAAUUUUGCCUGAAGUGCCAAACAAGUUGUGAACUUUACCUCACCAUGGAAGGAGAUUUUGAUGAGAAUGGCUGGGCCCACAUCCACGUUGCGGCUAACAGGGGCUUCACCAAAUCAAUUGAACGCUUUGUUCAUGCUGACCUUGAUCAGCUGGAGCUCAAAACAAAUGAUGAUGUUGGUUCAACCCCUUUCCUGAUAGCAGUUUUAAGUGGUAAUAUUGAUUCUAUACAGUGCUUAAUUAAUCUUGGCGCAAAGGUUAAUGCCAUUAAUAAUCACAAUCAUGGAGCAGUUGAGAUAUGUGCGACAAAAGGUUACAUUCCAAUUCUUCAAUAUUUCAUAAAGGCAAAGUUUGAUCUGCUGCCAGUUUGGAAGAAUUUGUUAAAAUUUCUUUCCUCGGAAUCAGAAGAAGAGGCAGAAGCAGCCGGGAAAUGCCUGCAAACUCUUACACUGCCUUCAGAUGAAGGUGUUAUAAAUCCAUACUGGGAAGAGCUGUAUAAGAACGGCUGCAUUCCAACAAUUGUCAAAGUAGCCAAGAGUACUCUUGCUGAUGACUCUAAAGUCCAUGCUUUCCAUGUGUUGUUAAACAUUUUACAGAAGCAGGAAGUGAAGGAGCAACUUUUUAGCUCCGGGGGUAUACCUGCAUUUGUGAGAUUACUCAAAUCAUCAUGCAAUACGGCCAUCCAACUCUCUGCUCAAAUUUUAAAGGAGAUGGCAACAUUGAAAGAGUAUGCUGACAACAUGGUUCAGAACAGUGCUAUUCCAUCCCUAUUAAAAGUCAUGCAGACAGUGAAGGAACAGGAAGUUCUCAUAGAAGCUGUUGACUGUCUUGGAAAUAUUGCCAUGGCAAACCCAUCCCAUCAGAGCCAAGUAGGACAGCUGCCUGGCUCUCUGCAGACGAUCACUGAUUUGUACAAAGAUCAAAAAGACAAGGGACUCUUGUUUUCAUUGAAUAAAGCUAUAGGGAAGAUAGCCAACAAAAAUGUUAGCAACCAGAACACAAUUGUGGAGUUAGGGGCUGCAUCAUACGUUGUGGUUCUAUGUCGGACAAAAAACAAAGACUUGCAGUUGAGUUCAGUGGAGGCAAUACACAGGUUAGCUGAGGAUAACUCCAAGACUCAGAGGGUGAUACUGUCUGCAAGAGCCCAAGACCAUCUCAUGCAACUGUUAAAGAAAACACGAGUUGAAACCUUACAAGAGAAAACAGCAAUGGCCUUGUGGGCCUUAGCUGGAGACAGUUUAGAUGAAAAAAGAAAAAUGGCAGAAAAAAUGGAGGUUUCUUUGCUAAUUGAAUUUGUGAACAGUCUAACAGAAAACUUACAUUUCAUAGGAUCUGAAGGCUUAGGUGUGCUUGCUCAAGGACCUCUGAACUCUCAGACCCAGAUUGCAGAUGCGAAUGGCAUCCAUCCGUUGGUUCGCUUGCUGAGGUCGGAUAAGGAGCAUAUUGUGCUAAGUGUUAUACGGACCCUGAGAUACCUGUGUGUCGGCGUGGGCUAUGUGCCACACUGCAAGAACCAGAACACUAUCUCGCAGUCUCGCGGGAUCAAGUUCCUUAUUGCUCUGAUGGUGCAUUCGAAGGAAGAGAUGAUCCAAGUGGAGUCAGCUGUCACACUGGGUUGUGUGUCCCUGGGCAAUCAAAACAUUCUCGAAGAGAUUAAUGGGACAAUAGACUUCAGCUAUGUGAGAAUUCUGAAGAUGAUGUACGCGCAGGACGACGUGGUGCGACUGCUUGCAGGUUCAGCCUUGGCUGCCUUUGCAUACAACAACAUCAGCCAACAGAAAGAGAUUGCAGAGCAGGGCGGGGUCAGAUUCAGCUGCUUCGUUCCAUUCCUGCAGUCUUCUGACGAGUAUUACAGGUGCAAUGCAGCCUUUCAGGUGGUGGUACUGUCUCGAAUAAUACCGGAUGAAGAGCAAGCGUUGUCGUCGGCGACAGGUAUCAAACUCCUGGUGGACCUUCUGCAGGACUCCCAGUCUGACCAGAUAUUGGCGCUAGCAGCUGAUUGUAUAGCCAGACUCGCGCACACUAGAGCUGGUGUGCCGUCUGCAAUAAUUGCCAUCAAGGCUAUAGACUACCUGACAAAGCUGCUGCUAUCUGAGGCGGAACAAGUUCGAGGCUGCGCGGCCAUCGCCCUUGGUUACCUGUCUCAUAACCACGCUGCUGAGAGACAGCUCCUAAACAAAUGCAGAACCGACCAGGUCCUGAUGAAGAUUUUGAAGCAUUAUACAAAGAACAAGGUGUCCCGGUCCUUCAUUGAAGGAUGGAAACACUACAAGAAAAUAGGCCUCCCACCCAUAAGCGAGGGAAGGAACAAUCUGGUAAGCAUGCAAACUGAUGACGAGGGACCCCCAUCAACUCCCGUCAGUGGAAUUAGCCUCGUAGACUCGAGCUCAAAAGGCAGCAAUCUAAGAACGUCUUCAUCAAACCUGAACCUUGAAGAGGCACCAUUGACUGACCGAACUUCAAGGAUGUCACAGCGUUCUCGAGCCCGCAGUACCAGUCAGCUGUCCCUUGUGGAUGGGGAUGCAGCAAGAACCAGUCAGGCCAGCAGGCACUCCAUCAUACAGACUGAACUACAAGUACCUGCUAUUGAUGUCUCCAUGCAAGGGGAGGUGACUGGAACAGCCGAGGCAUAAAAACAGGGGAGCGAGUGCAGUGGUAAUAGCCACAGAAGAAGACUCUAAGGACAGAAACAACAAAUGUGUCUUGUUCUGACAAAACUGGGCAUAAUGCAUGUGCGUAAAGUGUCAUCCCAGAUUAGCCUGUGCAGUCUGCACAGGCUAAUCUGGGACGACACUUUACGCACAUGAAUUAAGCCCAGUUUUCUCAGAACAAGACACAAAUUAUGAUUAGAGGAAGAGUAAUUUUAAAUGUUACUUUUUUUAAUUAUACUAUCAACUGAUAUAAAGAUAAUUUGGUGAGCAUUGAACAACUUUUUAGAGAAGAAACCUAAAAACUUGUAUUGACACAACCCAAAUGUGUUAACUUGUUUUCAUUCAUUUAUUUUUUAUAAUUGGAAAGAAUGGAACUAUUUUUAAGAGAACACAAUUGUUUACUUAAAACCUAUAAUAGCAGGCAGAUAUCACCAUCAGAAUGCAUGGAAAAUUAAGAUUAAGCAAAGUUGAAGCAAAACAUAUAUAACUCAGCAAACUUUUUAAAUAAAGGUUAGACGUUCACAAUAAAAGGAAGAGAGUAUAAAUGAUUUUCUAGUAUUAGUGUAUUUGCAUAUGUAUAUGUUUAUCAGACAAUUUAUUUCUUGGCGUCACAUAGCAUUCAAGACAAUGAAGACGGUUACAUUUAUCAAUCAAUUAUAUCCUAUAUAGUUAUACAUGCUUUAACACUUAGUUUUAAAGAUUAAUUAUAUUAAUUUAACAGUAACUAUUAUUAAAUGUAUGAGAAGGGUGUGAUGAAGAAUAACAUUAGCGAGAUAGUUUGAAGUGUAUUGUAUGAAAACUACAUUUUAGAAUUAAUUUUUUAGUUUGGCAUGCAAAUUACAGUUUACAGCUAUGUGAAAAUGUAGUACACAAAAACUAGUAAUAUUAUACCGAUAAGGUUUUAAUGAAAUGAUGCCAAGUUUUAUACUUUUGGACUUAAGAAUGAGGAUUCACCAUGGACAUUACUACUUGUGGAAUUGGAUGUGUCAUUGGGUAUAUAUUUAUUGUCCUUACUGGGACACCCUCAUUUUCCUAUAUUGACUUCGCUGUAAAAAGGGUAUUGUUGAGAUUCAGGAAGUUAUAUCUUUGUUACAUGUGAAGAGAUCAGCGUAAUUUUUUACCAGGUUUCAGAAGGAAAAAACUGCUUAUUAGAUUGGUGACUGUUUGCAGGCGGGCGGAACAAUUCUAAUUGAGCUUGUCCGGGCCAUAACUAUGUUGUUCAUUGUGAGAUUUUAAAAUCAUUUGUCACAUUUGUUCACCAUCAUUGGACAGUGUGAUCAAUUCCUUCAAUAUUUAGUAUGUUUAUACCUCACAUUAACAUCUACACUUUAAUGGGGUCAAAGGUCAUGUUGGUCAAGGUCAGGGCUACAUUUGCUAUUCCUGUUAAAUGAUUGUGUCCUUAGCAAAGGGAAAUAAUUAGCAUACUUGAAUUAAUCUUUGGUUGUUUCCUCCCUUUUUAUUAUAAAUAUAUUUUUUUGAAAACCUGGUUUUGUGACAAUUUUGUCACUUUUCUAGUAUUGGAAAUUCAGCUUCAUUCCAUUUAAAUCAACCAUGCAAUAAACUGUACUUGAGGUACAUUCUUUAAGGGUUUUUAAAGGUUAUAGACUUAACACAUCUCAAAAUUAAAACCAUUAGUUUUAUUAUGAGUAAUUUGUAUGGUCCAAAAAACUUUUUGUGCAGUAUAGUAUGAGUAAUUUGUAUGGUCACCAAAACAUUUUUGGGCGGUAUAGUACGAGUAGUUUGUAUGGUCACCAAAACAUUUUUAGACCGUAUUAAAACUAGUUAAAACUUUGUUCACAAGUCUUGCCAUUUUUCUGUGCUUUUCCUGACUAUUACGAGUACUUGGUUUCAGCUGUAGAGGUUUUAACUUUGUAAAAGUGUAUGCUUUAAAUGAGACAGUCUUUCACUUGCAUGACCACAUUUAAAUCGUCAAAAGUCACCCCAAAAUGUCAAAGUUUAAUAUUGGCAAAGGAUGAAAAAACAAUUUUCCAUGACACAUGUUAAUGUCUAAACUCGGCAAUUAGUUAAUUGUAAAAGGUCAAUGUUGCACAAAUUCCAGUACACAAAUAUAAAUGCUCACACAUCCAGUACGAAAGUGAUCAUAGUAUCAUUAAUUCGUUUAUUCAGUCCCGAGCCCACUUAAACCUUAGGCCACAUUAAAUUAAGGAGAUGUUUGCUGGAUUUGACCCACUUUUAAAUCGUAAAGUGAAAAAUAUAUAAAUUUAUCCAGUGUCCAAUUCUCCCCGGAGCAAAUACUUUUUCACUUAGCGAUUUUUAUAUAUUUUUAGCUGCUUUUCAUGUCUGUACAUUCUAUAUAUUUUACAACAUGAGCAUUUUUUUAUUUUUUUUAACUUCAAAUAUUAAUUUUUUAUUUUCUCGUCUUUUUCCAGUAAAGUUCAUUUUGUUCUAAACAAGUCACUGCUUCAAAGCUUUUGAGCGUGGUUUUUUUUCAUGCUUUAUACUGGUCAAAUAACACUUGUAUAAGUGAAUCAAACACAAAGUGUUGCGCACAUCUUUAACAUGAACGUGUUUUAUGAAAGGAACAGUUUCCAAUAAACUUUAUUUUUAAUUAUAUAUUUCAUACAUGACAUGACACAACCAAUUAACAUGCCAUUAGUAAUUGACAAGACAUUUGCUUUGUGACACCGAUUAUUUUGUUUAGUUUAAAGGGACCUUUUCACGUUUUGGUAAUUUGACAAAAUUGAAAACAAUUGUUUCAAAUGUGCAAAUUUUUGUUGAAAGUAUGAUAUUUGCAAGGAAACAGUAAUACUGAAUGCUUACCAUGCUCUAAAAUAUCGAUUAUACAAAUAUUUUGACUAUUAAAAAACAUGUAAAUUAUAAAGCAUUACAAACUGGAAACAAUUGAAUUAUUUCGAGAUUUCUUUUGUUAUCAUAUAUUUUGUGACAUUAUAAGGAUUGCUGAUAUAAAGUAUAAAAUACUGUAUUCACUACAUGAGCAUGCAAGGAUGGCCUAGAAGUUUACGUGUUAGACUUUUACUCCGGGUGUCAGUGGUUUCAGCCCAGCUGAGGAUUACUUUUUAUGGCCCUGAAGGAGGGCAUAUAGUUAUGGCACUGUCUGUCUGUUCGUCUGUCACAUUUUGCUUUAGGUUUCGAAAAAUGCUCAUAACUUCUAUGUCGCUCCAGAUGUAACCUUCAUAUUUGGUAUUCAUGGGUAUAUGGACAAGGCCUUUCCAUACGCACAAACAGUUUGACUCCUGCGACCUUGACCUUUAACUUAGGGUUAGCGUUUAGGUUUGGAAAUCUGCGUUUAGGUUUCGAAAAAUACUCAUAACUAAAAUCAAAGCGUUUUUCGUGGACAUAUGUCAUCCGAUGGAGACAGAUCUUGUUUUUCUUUCUUUAAUUUUCUUCUUGUAUUGUACUUGAGCUAUUUAGUUCCAAUGUUUUCAUUCAUCAAUUUCAAGAAUUAAAUGACAAACUUCAAUACAUGCCAAAAUCUGUGAAAAGGUCCCUUUAAGAUUGACUUCAUGAUGACAAAUUAUUUACACAGUCAUGUCCAGUGUUACAAAUAUUUAAAUUCAAGUUUUAAAGUUGUAAUUCAAAUUUAUCUUUAUUUAGAGUAGUUUCAAACAGAGAUUUGAUAAUCAUAUUACAGAAAGUUAAUAAUACAUAAAGCAUACCGUAAUAAUGUAGACUUGUUUUGAUCAGUUUAUUUGCAUGGCUGACGUUUCCCAUAAACAAAUUGAUUAGUUUAGUGAAAACUUUAUCUAACAUUUGCUACAUACCUAUUAUACAUUAUGUAGAAUAAUAUGUAGAUUGUUUUUGUUUCUUUACUUGAAUUAUCAAUAUGUGCCAAGACUCUUAUGUUGAAAACAUUAAAAACACCUUUAGAAACAAACCAUCUAAGGUGUCAGGUAUUUGUUCAUUUUAAUGGUUGAAUUGUUUGCAAGUGUGGCAGUCAUGCAUGCAGUAUAUUUAAAAUAGGAUAUGAUUAAAGCAUUUGAAUAUUAUUUAAUACAAAUAAAUGAUAUUAACGCAAACUUAAGUGCAACAGAAGCUUCCAUUGUCUAACAAUAUUAAUUUACAACUCAAGUUAUUAUUUUAUUAGUGACAACUUAAUGUCUUGAACAAUAGACAAACUUAUUCCUAGCUUUGGCAUAAAUACAUCAGUAAAACAAGCAAGUUGACCACAUCCACUUUAAACAGAACUGAUUUAAAACUACUGAUUUUCAUCGUUAUCUUUACACCCUCCUUUAAAAAAAUGUGGGUAUACUGCAUUGCAUUUGUCCGUCUAUCUGUAGGUCUAUUGGACGUUUACGCCUGAUAUUAAGAGAAUGUUUUGAACAAUAAUGAUUAUUGCUAUGAUUGUUACUUGGAAAGACAGGAGGUUUACAGGUCAUAUGUCAAGGUCACAGAGACUUGUAAUUUGUUCCGGCUAGAUAUGCUGUCACCUAAGAUCUUGCAAGAUGGUUAAGUGGUAACUUCUGAGAAAGGGCAAACACCUAUUCAUUUUGAAGUCACCAGCUAAAAGGUAAAUGUAACAUGUCCUUCAUUCACGAAGUUAGUCUGGCUCUACUCUCUGAGAAUGAUUUGACAUGUCCAAUUUGUAUAUUGUAUAGUGAGAACAUGGGAGGUCAUGAAAAUACAGUUCGAUUUUUAGGUCACCAAGUAAAAGGUCAAGGUCACAUAAGCUUGUAUCAAGGGUGGGUUGCUUCAUGAGAUCUAGAGAAUACGUCACCUACUGAUCAUCUGAUUUGGUAUGCUGGUUACUGGGAUGGAAAACAAGAAGCCUAUGGGGGAAUUAAAAUUGAGAUAAGGUCAUGGGUCAAGGUCACAGGGGCUUUUUCUAGUUUAUAUAACUGUAAAUCUGUUAUAAGGAUCAUAUUAGUUAGUGCGCUGGUUAGUCUUGACGUCACAACAUCCCUUAUGAUUUUGAAAUCAAGACAUGUUAAGGUCAAUGCCACAUGAACAACUUAGCUGCAAGUCAGGGAACAUGCAUGCUUUACUAUCAUCUCUUUAUUAACUUUUUUCAGUAUAUUUUAUGCAUGUGAUUGCUUUAUAUUGUUUAAAUGAUUAUUAUAAAACAUGUGAUUUUUUUGCAAUCUAUAAAUCAGAGUAAUAUGUAUGUUAAGAGAUUUUGUUCAUGAGUUAACAAUUUAUUAGUGUAAUGUUAUUUUUUUCCUUUUUUGUGUCUGUUAUUGGACCAUUAUCCUGCCAAAUAAAUCUUAUUGUUACCAA